CGAUUUUCACUGCUUGAAGCAAGUCGGGCGAUGGAGUCUAUGGGUGGGCAGCUGCUGAGGGCUGUUGAGGAGGCUGAUUUGGAGGAGAUACUUGAUAGUCUUCGCGCAGCUCUUCCCAUUCAGACAGCUCAGACAGGCGGAACCGGCACCAGACGCAUCAAAACCACACACCUGGAUGACCUCGACCAAGUCGCUGCUCGGCAGUUUCGAGCCACCCAGGCGCCCACGAUAUCCAUCUCCGGCCGAAGCCUCCCAUUAGUAUACAAGAUAAUAUCAACGCUCGUCUCGCCGCCUCACUCCCUGGCUCUCUUUGUCCUUGACUUCGACGGCCGCUUCGACGCCACUCGCCUCACAUGCGCCGAGCAAGACCUUCAGCACGUCUACGUUCACCAGCCGCCAUACAGCGAAGGGUCCAACACCAACGCCGAGCACAUCCGAUCACUCAUCGCAGAUGCCGAGCGCUUCAUGGUCUACGAAGACGACUCGGCGGCGUCUCGCACGCGUGAAUGGUGGGGUACGAUUGUUCUGGGCGGGCUGGGAGCAGGAGAUUUGGUUGCUGGGUGGAAAGGCUGGCUUCACGUUGAUCGUGAUAAUGUGGCAGAGUAUUCUCUGAGGGUGACGUUGGAGGACGCUUUUGAGAGACGCUCUGAUAGGCAGGAAGUCGUUGAUAGAACUGGAUGGGCAGCAACAUCACAGUGGGGGGGAUUUACUUUUGAGGAAUGAUGCUACUCAUUACACAACCUAUGCAGUCACGAUUUGUGGAUAGCAGUGAUCAUGAAGAUUUCACGACGGUAUUGCGCAGCAGUUAUAAGAAUGAAAUAAUCUAUACUUUGAUGUGAAAGACUACUAGGUAUCUAGACCAUGUCUAAUAUCUUGUUUAUGAUGAUGUCUAAACAAUAUUCUGUAAAACGCUUGGGGUAUAUAAACAGGUUCCACCAGGUUUACCUGGCUAAAAAGGAAUGCGUAGCAAAAG